UUAUCAGAAACCUUUCCAAUGAAAGAAGCUAGAUAAUCACAAUUAAUUAGCGUCAGCUAUCCAAAAUUUAAAAAAUUAUUUUUCGAAAGAAUCUAUUUGCUCAAAUAUACUAUAGUUUGUUUUUCCGUAUCAGGCAACUAAUAUACUUAAUUUAUUCCUAGAUGAUACGUCAUAAAAUUCUGAGAAGUUGUUGUUUUGAAAAUAUUGAUCGAAACUAAUUGAACUUGAAAAGUUCAUAAAAAUGCUAGAAAAAUAAUCAUAAUAAAUGUCCGGAUGUCUUUUAUCAAUAGCUCGAAAUAUCAAAUAUAAAAAAAAAAGAAAUUAUUUAUUUAGGCCAAGUGUUAUUUAACAUAUUUUUAAAACAACAUUAUAAUUAAUUGAAAAAUCUGAAUUUAAUGUUAAUGAAUUAUCAGUAUUAUUUGAUGAUGUUCUUAAUCCAAUUUCUGCUAAAGCUCAAAGUUUUUGGAUUUGGAUGGUUGGAUAAAUGAUUCUCAAUCAGACAGCGAAGAUGAAUCGAUAACAACAAGUUCAUAUUAUGAUAAUAAAGGUGUGUUUUAUGAUGAUAAUGGAGAAAUUUCUAAUUCUAAUUCAUGCUAUGGUGAUACAUUAAGUUAUCAAAAAUCGAAAAAAUAUAUUGAACCAACUGCUGAACAAUUAAAAAAACAGUGA